AUGACUUCUCAAGCUUCGACCACUGGCCGUAACGAGGAAAAUCUUGCUCUUCUGAACCUCAUUCGCUCAAGAGUCUGUAUAGAUGACAUGGAGAGGCUUUAUGAGCUUUAUGAUAUCCUUAAGUCUCUUACACUGGCAGCACCCAAGAGGAGCGAGCCGGUGCAUAGGCACGACGAGAAUCGAGUGCUUGUAUAUCUUGCCCAUUUGGAACAAGGCUUAUGGAUGCCUCUUCAUCCUUUCAUUAGGAAGUCGAGCAUGAGAUUGCUCGGUCAUCUAGUUAGCAUUGGGUACACAGAAAAGGACCCGUACUACUUUUACCACUACAGUGGUGAUUUCCAGCUUGUCUCUGACUCUUCAGAGUUAAGCGAGGGCGGGAGAGAAAGGAAGUGGUUUACUACAUAUAGAAGCAUUGAUGGUAGAAUCGUAUUGAUGGGGAAUAACCAUGCUUGUAAAACGGUGAGACUUGGUGAUAUAAAAAUCAAAAUGCAUGAUGAAGUAAUCAGAACCUUAACAAACGUAAGGCACGUUCCCGGCUUGCAGAAGAAUCUUAUCUUAGUUAGUGCUUUGGACUCUGGUGGUUGCAAGAUUAUAACAGAGAAUGGAGUAAAGAAGGUUGUUCGGGGUUUAUUAGUAGUGAUAAAGGGUAUUCAUCACAGUAAUCUAUAUACUCUCUCGGGUACGACAGUGACAGGAGAUGCAGCAGUUAGAACUGGUGGAAAUGGUGGAGACUUAUGUGAGCAUACUCGGUUAUGGCAUAGAUGGAUUGGGCACAUAUCAGAGAAGGGUCUAGAUCUGCUUGGUAAGGGAGGUUUGCUGAAGAACAUGAAGAAACAUUGUAUGAACUUUUGUGAGCAUUGUGUGUAUGGAAAGGCGCACAGGGUUCAGUUUCUGAGAAGCAAGCACAAGAUUAGAGAACAACUCGAUGUCAAAACGGCCUUCAUGCAUGGAGACUUGGAGGAGGAAAUCUAUAUGCAUCAGCCUGAGAGUUACAAGGUUAAGAAUAAGGAGAAUCAGGUUCAUGGCGAAUCCAAGAAAGGCACAUUGGGAAGCAGUGAAAUAGGUCCUGAGAUUAAUGGGUUUGUGGACUCUGAUUAUGCGGGCGAUCUAGACAGAUGGCGAUCUAUUAUUGGUUAUGUAUUCAAAAUACAUGAUGCUCCAGUUAGUUGGCGAUCGCUAUUACAGACUACAGUGGUACUUUCUACUACAAAGGCUGAGUACAUGGCCAUGGUAGAGGGAGUAAAGGAAGUAUUAUGGUUGUGGGUCCCCUUUCCUUCUGUGGCCUUCUCUGAUAGAGAGGAUCCAGGUCAAAGCGGUACUCUUCAUGCCUCUUUCAACGGCGACUUCUUGGUUAGAGAAGCCCGCCAGUUUAGUGAGGGUCGUGAUAAUAGUAUUCCAGAGUUGGUUCGUGAGGGAGGUCGUCGUACCCUGCGCGCUCUUUUGACUGAUUCACCCCUAACUCCAAUUCGAGAUUCUACUGAACCGUUGAAGAAGACUGAUUAUCUGUUCGGAGAUUCGGUAGAAGAUCCAGACAAACUUUGCCUUGGCUCUGAAAUCUGGUUGAAUGAACAUGAAGGUUCUUUUUUAUUCCUUCCUCCAUUCCCUCGACAGUACUCCCUUCUGCAAUUGAGGAAUUUGGCUGUUUCGAGGGAAAUGACGUGGCGCUUGACAGAAGACCAUGAGCACGUUCAUUGUGGCUACAUUGGUAAAGACAUUAGCGCUCCUGGCUCUGUCGGUAGGCCUGAUGUUCGUGGUCUUCACCCUGGUAUAUUUGGACCAGAUGGUGGGCCCCAAAACGAACUGAUGAUAAGGGCCAACACCGUAAAGAAUAGGCUCGCUCGGGUUGGUCGAGAACUUCCCAUUCCAAGAUUCAGGUGUUAUGGAUGGGUUCAUUCUCUUCCUGACAAAUGGUGGGCUAGGAUGACCAAAUACGUACUCCAUCGUUGGGAUCAGGAGUUGCGGGAUUUGGGAUUAUAUGCUCCAAUCCGAGCUAGUAUGCAUGGUCUCCCAGUGAGUGCAGAUCAUUUUAUGGCUUUGUUCGAGUCUUAUAUUCCGGAGACCAAUACCUUUCUUACCAAGUAUGGGGAAUUAGGGCUUCCGCUCCACGAAAUGAUGAAGGUAUCCGGAUUGCCAUUGGGGAAUACUCCUUACCAAGAAUAUUUUCCUAAUAAUCGUCAGUUGAUGAAAAUGAAGAAGGCCUGCUCUCCUGCUUAUGACAUCCUCUGGGAGUUAACUUGUCAUUAUCAGAUAGCGAUAGCCAAGAUUGAAGUGAAGAGUAAGAAGGCGGCUCGAGUCAGUUUAAAACAGUUCGCCGACUACCUAUUUCAGAACCUUGAGAGCCCGACCGGUGAAGAAGUCUGUGAAUCACCGAUUCUGACCCCUUCUGACGUCAACCAGCUAAUCACGAAGAUUAAUGCUCAGUCUUACAGAACUGAGUCAUCUGAAGGUGGUUUUCUUAAGGGCACCAAGUUCAACACUUUCUUGUGGCAAGCCACAAAGAGAAUGAAGCCUGCAACUCUUCUUUCCGGUUAUCUGGCCAUUUGGCUAAAGAGAUGUGUAGUGCCGCAUCAGUCUUCUGAGGCGCUUCCUCUUGAAGUUCUCUUUCCCGCCGUGCAACUAGUUGUCAGAGGCAGGUUAUCUCUUCUUUCUGCUAUGAUUGCUGACCUCCAUAGCGGUUUGCGUAACCUAGCCAACACCUUUACCAAAGUGGGUGCCGAGCCUUCAACUAAGAUUCCUUUGUCGAGCGUCGAAUUUCCGUACACCUAUUUGAUGGCGUGGCUAGUUCUCCAUCGAUCGGACAUGAUGUCAGCGCCUGAUGCGUCUGAUCCAGAAAUCCCCUUGCUGCAGCUCUUAGAAGGAUGUAAGUGGUUAUAUCCUUCCCGACCAUGGACUGACCGUGUGAGGCAAUUCAAGAAUGCCAAAUGCUGGGAAUUCUAUAAGUGUUUCCCUCGGUUUUCUGGUGCCUAUAAUGACACGCUUGUUGACGAGGAAAUGCCUGGGGCUAACAGGACCUCUCUCGAUACGGGUAGUUUUCAUUGGCUCAUGAACAUUCGCCCAGGCUAUAAUGUUUUUCGAUCGAAGAACAUUUGCAGGAUUGAGCCUUAUUUUCCUUGCCGUUUUGCGCGACAAUUCGGCUACGAUCAAUUGUAUAUCGGGAAUCCCAAUAAAUGGUUGAUAAACUGCGGAGGCCUUAUUGAUGGGGUACGUGCCUGGUUCUGGAAUGUUGCUGGCUGUACCGGAGCUCGAUUUAGUUUGCCUGUCGCUGAGCCUGGUCUUUACUUAACCUUCCUCUACUGCCGGUGGAUUUUAGCCGCCAAUACUCCUCUUGCGAAGAAGAAGCUCCACGAACUGGAAUCCGAGGCUGUAGUUCGGAGAAUUGUAUCAAAAAAAGGAAAGGAGCCCGCUACGUCUUCUCGUAAAGGAAAACAGGUAGCUGAUUCCGAAGAGAGCGACGACUUCGAGACAUCCAGCGAAGAGGAUGAGACCCGAGGCGACGCAGAGGGUGAUGUACCUUUGUCUCCCGUGGCUCACAGGACUCGUCGAGCUUCUUCGCCCAAAUUACCCGGUGCUCCUUCAAAAGGUAUACAAAUGAAGGAAAAGAACAUUCCCCUGUCGUCCUCCAACAAGAUGACCUUGAGAUGGCUUUCUCAGGAGGGAGAGGCAGAAGAAGAGGAAGAAGAGGUUGCCCCGCUUAUUAACAGGAAAAGAUCUCGGCUUACUGCUCCUUCUGAGGUUCAACCUCAGCCGACUCAAGGAACCGAAUUACGUACCAAGUUUCGACAUGAAAGCUCCGAGGUUCCUCGAGAUUCUCGUGCCUCGAAGAGGAUUAAAAAGACGGCUCAUCGGGAACGCCAACUUUCUCCGUUAUUUGAGGAGAAGUUUACUCAGGAUCUUCCAGUUGAUGAAAGGGUUGAAUCAGAAGAGGAAGGGGAAAUCGUGCCCAAGCCUUCUUCUCCGGGUUUAAUGGAUGUUGAUGAAUCUAGCUUCACUGAACAAGUGCACAAGGCUAUGAACGAGGAACCCCUUCAUAUGGACAUUGUUCCUCCUCCAGCCACCACAUCGACCUCGCCAACCGCAGAUACAGUUAAACUAAAGGAGGUGAGUGCGGGUAGUAGCGCUGCUAAUCCCGCAACUAUUGUUGAAGACAUCACAGUCGACGAACCGGGAGAUAUCGAACUUACCCAUGAUAUGGGUAUCGGAGAUUUCGAUGAGCGAGACUUCGAUCUUGACAUUUCUGAAGAUGUACACCAGGAGAUCUCCGAUAUACUAUCAAAUCCGGUUCCAUCCGCUACUGCAGGACCAACUACUCGAGUUGAUUCAGCUGAAGCAGAUGCAUCAAAAGACGUAGGACCAACUAACGAAGUUGAUGCGUCUACCGUCAUCGGUGAAUGUGAUCAACCUGAAGGUCUGGGUUUCUUACUCUUGGCAAGUCCCCCAGCUGAAGUUGAACCACCAGUCACUGCUCCCCCGACUUCCGCUAUUGUCGAAGCUGAACCUGUUGUGCUUUCUGCUCCGACUCUAGUGGAUCAUGAAGUAGGAGGGUCAAAGGAUACAGCGGGAGAACAACCCCCUGCCGCUUCGACUCAGCUUGAACUUGUUCCUCAAGAUUUUGUCGCUUUGGAUCCGAAGCCAUCAGGUGUUUCAGGUGAACAACCGUCUCCUAUAGUAACUCAACCGACGAUCGUUAUUCCUGAACAGAUCCCUGUUGUUAUAGAAUCUGCUCUGACCUCAACAAGCCAAGCUAUUUCUUCUUCAUUGUCCGAGCGGAUUCAAGUUUUAUUGGCAGAUGAAGAUCCGGACAAAGCUGCCCUCUGUGUUGACGUCCAAAGCUUCGUUCAUUUCUUAAACGCCAUGGUCGAUCGGAUUCUUCUUAAAGGUUCACCAUUUGAACUUUUCAGGAAGUCUCUCGAUCGCCAUGUAUCAGGAAUUAAAGAACAGGGGUGCACCGAAUUAUCUAACUCCAUAGAAGCUUAUUUGGUCGAUCUUAAACAACACAUUGAACAGUUACAGAACUUUCGAGUUGAUGGCGCACCUUCUUACAUCGCUUCCGAAAUGGACCUGAGGCUACAAGCAUGGCGUGAUUCUCAGAAAUCCGCUGAAUCCGAACUUCAAACACUGAAGACUCGCAUUGAUCAACUCCGGGUGAGUGCUGCCAAGAAAGCUCAAAUCAAGGUAGACCUGUAUCGUGAUUUGGAAUCACGUCGGACAGAGGUAGCCCAGUUAGAGAAACGACUUGCCGAAGCUAAGGAUGCUUGCGAAUUUUUGGAGUCUGAUCUAGCAGAAGUAACUCAAGCUGAGGUGGAUAUACUCCGGCAACUUAAUUUCCAGAACAAGACUUUUGAUGACAAAGAACAAGAGGUUGCCAGAAUUCAAAGUAUCGAUGAAAGAAAAUUUAAAGCCAAACUGAUACCUGAGCUCGAAUUGGCUUACGCGACAAAGCUUUCUAAAUUAGAAGAUGAAUUCCGUCAUUACAAAUUAUUGUAAUUUUGAAAACAUGCAUCUUUUCUUUUGUGCUGCUUUGCUUGAACUCUUUUGGUUAAUACAAUGAACUUUUCUUUUUUAUUGAGAUUUUAUUAUGAUUACUCAUUCUUGUUUAG